AGCUUUUCACGCUAGCUGCACCUAUGCUUCUUCCAGAAUGUCCUCGCUAAUUUGGUUCUACCACCUGUUAGUUGCAGUUUACUAGUAGCAACUUCCUGCUCAGUUUUCCUCUACUUGACUUGAUCAUUAGAUGCUCUCUCAAGUUGAUUGCCUAAUGUCUUGCUUUUAUCUAUAAUACAUCAAAAUCAUUGCUAGGUUGAACCCAUAUCAGUUGGUACCAUAAUAUUGUUUAUUUUGCUCAGAGACUAGUAAUGGGUUGGUCUUUAUUUACUAGACGGCCAUCUCGACUCCAUGUGCUUGACUAUAUGGCUCUGUUUAGUAUGCUACUAGCUAGACGUCGUCUAUUUGGACUUCCUUCUGAAUAUUAUUGUUUCCUUUUGCUGACCAUGUUCUGCUCUUCUCUGAGGACAACGAGCGGCAGCCGUGACCUCCUUCUUCGGCUCCAUGUGCUUAGGUUAAUAAGGACUUAAAUCAAAUCACAGCCUGUUCAUGUCAGUUACUUUGAUUUUUACAAGGCUGGGAGGACAGAAGGCUUCUGUCUGAUGCAGGACCGGAGGGUGGAAGAACAACAAGGGAAAGCUCAACUCGUCUUUGUGUGAAACCAGAUUUUGAAUGGCUGGGUUGUAAUUCUUGCAGACUUUUAUUUGUCACUCCAAAUCUGGAAUGUUGGGUGCUAUCUUGUAAAGCUUCAUUCUAACGUCUGUUUGGUUAUUUGAUUGUGCUGUUGCACUUCUUUUGAUUGUUUAAAUUGUGAUCUGAUUAUCUCGAAAAUUGGGUAGCUCAUAGCGAUUUUUUUUUUUUUUGAAAACCUUAACUUCUACUUUUUCACCAAAUAGGUCAGAGUCGAUCGGGGUAGUAGGCCAAGCAUGAAGUGGCAUAAGUUGGACCUCCUCAAGCACGUACGUACUUGAUGCAGCUAGCAGCUCACGAGAAGAAAAAUAAGGUGAAGAUUAAUAAGGACUUCAAUCAAAUCAUGGCCUGUUCUGUAAAUGUUUAGUUUUACAAGGCUGGGAGCAUAGAAGGCUUCUGUCUGAUGCAUGACCGGAGGGUGGAAGAACAAAAUGAACGCUGUACUCCUCUUUUUUGUCAUACAAUUCUCUCAUGGUAACACUCUGUAGAAAUGACCUCCUUAGACCAGCUAAGAAGUUGUGGGAUGAGAUGUUCACGAGUGGGUGUAGUCCAAAUCUGCAGACCUACAAUAUACUUAUAACAAAAUUUGCAGAGAUUGGUGAAACUGGAGAAGUCCAACAGCUGUUUGAUCACAUGCUCCAGAAAGGAGUGGCCCCAGAUGGCGCAACAUACACUUCAGUCAUUACUAUGCUGUGCCAAGAAAACAAAUAUGAACAGGCUGAGGAAAUCUUUAACAAGUCUGUAGUGCAGGAUUCUAAACUAGCUAGUUCAGUGUUAACUGUACUUAUCCUUGCACUCUGUAAACAAGGUAGCUUUAAAGCAGCAUUGAGUGUAAUGUUCAGUGUUCCAUCCAAUAUUGAGACCUCGAAUUCACAUGUCAUUUUGUUGAAGUUCCUAACAGAUGCCGAGGAAAUAGAAAUGGCCCUUGAACACAUAAAAUGGAUUAAGCGCUGCUGCAGCUCUACGUUUCAGGGCAUAAUGAACGAACUAAUGGCUUCUCUUUCGACUUCUGCUAGUCUUCAACCUGUCACAAAGUUGGUUCGUUAUUUACAUUCUCAGGGGCUUGUUGACGAAGUUGGCCCAUGGAUGAAGAUGAUAGAGAAUGUUUAUGCUUGAAUAACAAUUUCAAUGGUUACCAUAUCAUGACAUCGUAUGAGUUAUCCAUUUUGCUAAUCAGGCCAGAAGUGUCUGGGAUCAUUGGAGGUUUUGUGCUGCUGCUCUAUGUCUAUGCUCCUAUUCCAACAGAAACCUAGAAACCUGAUGUUAUGCUUGGCUGAUAUGAUGUGGCAAUGGCUCGGGAUGACAUUCAGCGAGUGUAAUGAAUUUACCUUUAUCCAAUGAGCAACUCAUAAUAAUGAUACUGCCGCUAUAGUGGGUAUAACAGUGGCAGGGAUGGCAGGUCAGAAUGAGUUCUAUGGCGCUGUAGUGGAUUCUCAUGCUGACCAGGUCCAUUGUGGUAUAGAAAGUGAAGGCAAUUCUUGUUCAUCUCAUCUCCUCCUGAUCCAGAGGAUAAAUGAAUUUCUUUGAGGGAUGCAGCACUGAUCACUGCAAUAUUUGUGUCUGGGUGACAUUUUCAAGAUUGCGUCCUACAUGGCAUCUAAGGUCCCUGCUGUGGAUUCAGCUUGAUUUACGAUAUGAAGACAAGGGCUUAUGCUGCACUCCAUUUCAGAAUUGCGCGUCAAGUUUCUUUGGUUGGGCCAGAUAUUCUCUGAUCUGAUUAUGUGUGUUUUUCAAUAUUUUAGAUGGCUUGGUAGAUUGUCCAUAAAUACUCAUAGGUGUGGUUCAUGAUUUUUUUUUUGGAUACUUCUCAUGUAUCUUUAUAGACACAGAACUAUAAGAAAGCAGGGUCAAUAAUUGUAAUUCCUACUUACCCUGUACCCUUGUUGCAUUACAAAUGGCAAAAAUUACAGAGAACAUCAGAAAAAGGACAGUCAUGUGA